UUGUGUGUCUGGGUGCAGUUACGCCGUGUGGCCGCGGGGUGUCGCUGUUCAACCUUCAGCGAAUCAAAACAGAGCAUGAAGGAGGCGGUGACGUCAUUGUUGGGGUAUUUUCAAGAUGGCGCCGGGCUGGCCGGAGCUCCGCUGCUGACGCUUUGGAGAAUCUGCUGCCGGGCGGGACGCUGCCUCCACCCGCGGGACGCUGCCUCCAGCCGCGGGACGCUGCCUCCAGCCGCGGAGAGGAACCGCGGUAUUCCUUCAUACGGACAGCCGGACAUGGACACGGCGCCCCGGGCGGGUGUCAGGUAACGGGCUCCGGGCUCCGGGCUAACAUGUUCGGCCUUUCCUCCGAGAACAACACGACCUGCUGCGGGCCGACGGGGCGGGAAUCUACGGCCGGAGCCGAGGCUCGCUGGGCGGACUGAGCGGCCGAGGACAUGUCGGAGGAGCUCGGAGGGAGUUUGGGUGUCGACCUGAACGAGAACGAAGCAGGAGGAGGCGGGAAGCGGGGGUUAAAAGCGCUGCGAGCCGGUGUCAGCGGGGGUCAGGAGGCGGGGAACGGGCUGUAUGUGGCCGGGAACGGGAGGGAUGUAAACACGGACACGGCCUCCGUGCAGCCGCCCCCGCACAGCCCGCACAGCCCGCACCGCAGGGCGGGUCUGCUGGAGGAAUACCUCCCGGGCCUGGUGGCUGACAGCUGCGGGAUUUCGGGAGACCACAGCGGCCUGAACGGAUUUACUGAGUCAUUCGGGCCGGAGGAGACGACAAUGGUCGGGCUGGGAGGAGGAGGAGGAGGAGGAGGAGGAGGAGGAGGGACCACAGCCGCUUCCUGUCCAGCUGUGCUCCUGCAGCCUGGCCGGCAGAUGCGGCAGCUCGCUGCGGGGCAGAGCGGAGGGGAAGCCCCGGGAGACGACUCGACUGUCGCCGGCUCUCUGCGGACUUCUGUCCCCGGUGAUCGGCUGCCAUGCUCGGGUAACUGCGCUGGCACCGGUCCGGAUGUAAACAUGCCGAACGGACCGGAGGCGGACACCGGGCGCUGUGAGCAGCAGAGGCCCGGCUCAUGCGGUGGGGACGGCGGGGAAGUGAAAGUGGCUAACGGUGGUUUACACAUCGUGACAUGUGACCGGGUGGACUCGGACUGCUCCCCCGAUAACACUCACCUGGACACGGGGGCAGGGACGGCGGUUUGUCCGAGGGACGGCGACUGUAACGGGACAUCUGUGUCUGAGUGCCCGGGGGAGGAUGCGCCAUCAGCGGCCGCAGAGGACUCCCCCACCCCGGGAUCAAGUGCCCCCUCCAGCCCGCCGUCUGAGCCCGACAUCCGGGAGGCCGAGCCGUCCUUCAGCCUCCCCGUCCGGCCUCACAGUCUGAGGACGAACCCCGGCCUGGCCGUGUCCCUCAGCUGCGACGCCACCCCGCUGUCCCCGGAUGAGGAUGAGGACAGGGGCUUUUAUUUUGGAGAGGAUCGAUACGAGGAGGACUUCCGGAGCGUUCUGGAGGCGGGUCGGCGGCAGAGUGCUCCGGACAAAGUGCCGGACCUGACCCAGCACGGAGACAACCCGGACCAGAAGCUGAUGCCGAAGAGGUUCGGUAUCGCUGACUUCUUCACGAGGAGUUUGUUUUCGAGGAAACCCAAAGAGCCCAAGGCGCUGUCCCACAAUGCAACAGGGUGGCGACUGUUUGGCAAGACAACAACCAGAGAGGGCGAACCAGACCACGCCUCCUCGACGCCCACACAACAGGAGGACGAGGACAAGGACUCAGGUGUGUCCUCGUGUCCUCAGCUGGCUGCAGGGAGAAGGAAGAACCUGGAGUUUGAACCUCUGUCCACCACGGCUCUGAUCCUGGAGGACCGGCCAGCGAACCUGCCGGCCAAAUCUGUGGAGGAGACUCAGAGACACAAGAUGGAGUACGAGGAGAUGGUGGCCGGAGCCAAGAGGAGGGAGAUGAAGGAGGCUCAGAGGAAGAAGCGUCAGAUGAAGGAGCGACACCGUCAGGAGGACAGCAUCUCCAACGCCAUGGUGAUCUGGAACACGGAGAUCCUGCCGCACUGGGACAGCGUGAAGGGCACGAGGAGGGUGAGGGAUCUGUGGUGGCAGGGACUUCCUCCCAGCGUCAGAGGACGAGUGUGGAGCCUCGCCAUCGGCAACGAGCUCAACAUCACGCCAGAGCUGUAUGAGAUCUUCCUGUCCAGAGCCAAAGAGAAGUGGAGGAGCUACAGUGAGACCAGUUCAGUCAACGACAGCGAGAGUGAGGGAGCGUCUCUGGCUGACAGAGAGUCCAGUCUGGACCUCAUCAAACUGGACAUCUCCAGAACCUUCCCGUCCCUGUUCAUCUUCCAGAAGGGUGGUCCAUAUCACGAUCUCCUCCACAGCGUCCUCGGGGCGUACACUUGUUACAGACCGGACAUCGGCUACGUCCAGGGCAUGUCUUUCAUCGCCGCCGUGCUCAUCCUCAACCUGGAGGAGGCCGAAGCCUUCAUCACCUUCGCCAACCUGCUCAACAAACCGUGUCAGAUGGCGUUCUUCAGAGUCGACCACGAGCUGAUGUUGAAGUAUUUUGCAGCCUUUGAGGUUUUUUUUGAGGAGAAUCUUCCUCGACUCUUCAGCCACUUCCAGACCAACAACCUGACGCCGGACCUGUACCUGAUCGACUGGAUCUUCACCCUGUACAGUAAGUCUCUUCCUCUGGACGUGGCGUGUCGGGUCUGGGACGUCUUCUGUCGGGACGGCGAGGAGAGUUUGUUCCGGACGGGUCUCGGCAUCCUGCGUCUGUUCGAGGACGUCCUGCUUCAGAUGGACUUCAUCCACAUCGCUCAGUUCCUGACGCGCCUGCCGGACGACCUGCAGUCGCACACGCUCUUCACGGCCAUGGCCAACACGCACAUGAUCAGCAGGAACCGCCGCUGGGCUCAGGUGUUUUCUGCGCUGAUGAAGGACGGAGGUAAAGACUCGGACAGAAACGCCAGCCCGGCUCUGAGAAGCUAACACUAGCGAGCUGCUCGGACAGGACGUUAACUCUAAACGUGUCAGUGUUUCACCACUAACAUCGAGCGUUACGCCUGCGUAACUCUCAAAGACUCACAUCUUUCGGUGCUAAAGAUUUUCUAACGUGGUUUCAUUCUGAAGUAUUACCGUCGGUCCUCGUGUUCUUUGACUUCACUCUCGUUUGUUCAGCUUGGACCUGAACCGCGAUCUGCAGCAGCAUGGCGGAUGCUAAUAAUGCUAAUAUCCUGGUCCAAGUUUGAAAAUGCUCGUUUUGUACGGCGUCGUCUUUCUAACCGUCGCGUGAUAACCGACAUCAGUGCAGAUUACUUUCAUGUUUUCACAGGAAGAGGACUCAACCCGUCUUUUUUUACACUCACAUCAAACUUUUCAGAAAAUGUCGGCCGGUUCUGGUCCGUGUCGUCGAUCCGGGUUCAGGUCUGAGUCUGAUUGUGAUGUUUGUCGAUCCCCUCGCAGCACUUUAAAGGCUGAAGCUUCGGCCUGAAUGUGAACGGUGUUCGAGCGAUCGGGACGUCGAGAGACGAGAGAUUCUUUGAGCUUUCACUGAAGUUUGAAGCUUUUUAUCCGUCGCAGCAGAACUUUCCUGUUGCCCGACGUUAACGUAACGUCCCGGCGUUUCUUCUGAACUUUCCUCCGUUGUUGUUGUUUCGUUCUUCAAACGCUCCCCCUGCUGUUCAUUGUCUGAACUGUAGAUUUCAGACUCAAACUGUCUCUGAAUCAAACUUCUUAAAUGUUUUUCUUGAAAUGUCUUGAUUGUAAAUUGAACUUUGGACCGUUGACGUCGAAACAUUUGACUGUCAGAAAGAAACCGUAAAUGAAUCGGUGAACUUAAAAAUAAUCGACAGAUUAAGAAUGAAAAGAAUCCGAUAAGUCGCGCUUACACGUAAACACUCCGUUUGUGACGUUUGUGCGUCACAUGAAUGCAGCAAAGAUCAGAUCUGAGUCUGAUUAGAGCGUCGGGUCUCACUUCUUCUCGCCUCCGUCACUUUGUGUUCGACACUCCUCCGUUUGAUCGUGACCUCUGCCCAGUGACACACCAACAAAACAAAACCAACCUUUAAAACGUCGACGAGGAACUCGAUAAGACAGAACACUGAGCAGAUGAAGAGAGGAAGGGAACGAGACACAAACAGCUGGGAGGAUUUUAAUCAUUUAUUUAAAGUCUUUUUAGAUUUCAGUCAGUUUAACAGCAGAAAUCAAAUCAGACAAAAAGAAAACUUCUAAAACUACAGAAACAUUUUUCACUAAAACUUCCUGAUGAAGUCUUUUCAAAAUAAAACCAAAGUCUUCAUGAAGCACUCCACAAUAAAAGGUUAAAGAUAAGCUGUGAGAGAAGUGUCGAUCGACGCAGGUUCAUUAACUACAAACGUUUUUUAGACGUUGAUGAAAUGUUUUCUCUUCGUUGUAACAAACUGUUCUUAUCCUGAAACAAACCUCGGACGGACGGUUUAACUUCAACGCAACAAAUCCACAGUUUAAACAUUGUCCUUUGAAAAUGAACUGAUGAUCUAAACGCUGAUGAAAAAACCAAAGCAGCAGCUGAGUUCACGGAGAAUCGUUGAUCUCAAACUGCUGCCUGAUGCCGUUUAACAUUUCUCUUUGUUCCCAGUAUUAAAAUCAAACGAAGUCUGUUCAAACAAAAAUAUGAAACCUCUGAAUAUAUGAAACCUGUUUCUUUGUUGUUUCCUGUUUUUAAGCUGCAGAUGUUUUUGGAUUGUUCACAUUUAUUUGAAUGUUUUUGAAAACAUGAAAUAACUCAAAGUUCAGAUUUGGAUUAAAUGAAUCUGCGUGACUUCAAACUAGACGGACGUGUUGAAGACGAACGAGGUUUGAAAAGUGCAAUAUGUUGAACGGCUCACUCCAGAUUAUUGAUGAAACGUUCAGACACUGCAGAGGGAACGUUCAUGUAACCCCCCUCAUGUCGCUCAUGUUCCUGUAUUUAAGUUGUUUCAGUUGUAUUUUAUACUUUGAUGUAAAUUCAUUUAACUUUGUUCAUGUUGUCAGAUUUCAGUGUACAGUGUACACGCUUCAUGAUGCCUUACAGGGGAUGUAAAUAAACUGUACAAACGUGCUUUCUUUUCAUAUAAUGGCCACUAGAUAAAUGUGUAAAUAAAUAUCUGAGCAAACCCA